AUUGUCUGCAACUUGGACAGUGCAUGUCAUUCUAUGAAGAAAAGAGCAAGCUAACAUGGAAUUUGUUCUUCCCAGUGGUACUGUUUGGAGGUUCAGCUCUCUUUUUGCUACCUGUACUGCUAUCACCCAGGAUUAAAAGCUGUAGAUAUCCCAUGGCUGCAGCAAGGGCUUUCAGUGACUUGGAUGAAGACUGCAAAGAUGCAUCAGAACAGCGUGGGCAAUGACUUCUGGGAAGAUCAUGAAAAAAUAAAGUAUGGCUAAUGGACCUGUGUUCCUCUCUCCUCCCUUUUGGCAGUCGUUCAUGGUAACACAAAGUCUCCCUGGUGUAUUUGAGUCUCCUCUCAGGUGAGCCCUUCAGCUCGGAGCCAUCCACAAGUGCAGAGUGCUUCGAAACAAGCCCACUGAGGCAUGCUAGCAAGACCCUGAGUCACAGACGGAGCAAACUUUCCUAGCUCAUCACCAUUCACUGGCCUCAAAUCCUCUUUGGAGUAGCUACCAGAGGGGCUGAACUUUGCUGUUUUCUGCUGUGCUGCCCGGGAUCUUUUCCAUGUUAGCAAAGGCUGAUGGAAACCUGUGUCUAAGUGGUACCGUGUGAGAGCAAGAUACUCACCCUGUUCCCUCACAGCCUCUCCCUGCUUUUGUCCUUACCAGCAGCCCUGCAUCACCACGCGCCAGAUGUGCAGGCAGCUGCAAAGAGCUUCCCUCCCUGAGUGCAGGUGCUGUCUUUCAAGAAACAAAAUGGUGGACCUGGAAACCAGCUGGAGAUUGCAAAGUCUCCUUUCCGUUGAGGUUGCUGGUCAGUGGUCAUCUUCCACCACACUCAAAGAAACUGGAAGAGCUCCACACUAACUUCUGUAAGGUUUGUUUCACCAUGGAAGAUCAAAUGAUUUUCUGGCUCAAGUUUUGUGAAGUUCGGCAUCUGCCUUGGACCCACAAUUUGGAAAAGGGAUCAUCUCUGAGGCACGGUUAAGAGACAGAAAAACCCAUCCCAGAUGAUGAGCACUCUAAGUAGCACUGGAAUAUCACUCAGCUUAACGACAGUGUCUGUUACGCUGGAUUUUAAUUUGCGUGGUGGUCUGAUGGCUUGGUCCUUAAGCAGCAAUUUGACUCUGAAUCAGAGUUUGCCUACAUCUGAUCCUCUUAAUGCCUCUGAAAAGGGUGAAGUCUCUCGGAUGUCUGUGAGGGAGAAGAACUGGCCGGCCCUCCUGAUCCUGGUUGUCAUCCUGCUGACCAUUGGGGGGAACAUAUUGGUAAUUAUGGCUGUAUCCUUGGAGAAGAAGUUGCAGAAUGCCACAAACUUCUUCCUGAUGUCCUUGGCGGUGGCAGACAUGCUGGUGGGUAUCCUGGUCAUGCCCGUGUCGCUCAUUACAGUCCUGUAUGAUUAUGCUUGGCCUUUGCCUAAACAGUUGUGCCCUAUAUGGAUUUCCCUAGAUGUGCUCUUUUCAACUGCAUCUAUUAUGCAUCUCUGUGCCAUCUCUCUUGAUCGGUAUGUAGCAAUACGCAAUCCCAUUGAGCACAGCCGCUUCAAUUCCCGCACCAAGGCUAUUAUGAAAAUUGCUGCAGUUUGGACCAUAUCCAUAGGGAUAUCUAUGCCCAUUCCGGUCAUUGGUUUGCAGGAUGACUCCAGAGUGUUCGUAAAUGGGACCUGUGUCCUCAAUGAUGAGAACUUCGUCCUCAUUGGAUCCUUCAUGGCGUUCUUCAUCCCUCUCAUCAUCAUGGUGAUCACGUAUUGCCUGACUGUCCAGGUGCUGCAGAGACAGGCAACGGUGUUCAUGUGUGGAGAGGUGCCCAAGCAGAGGAGGAGCAGCGUAAACUGCCUCAAGAAGGAAAACAACACAGAGAACAUUUCAAUGCUUCACAAUCAUGAGGGAGCAUCUCACUUGAACUCUCCUGUAAAUAAGGAGGCAGUGCUUUUUCGGAAAGGAACUAUGCAGUCCAUCAACAACGAGCGAAGAGCCUCCAAGGUCCUGGGCAUUGUCUUCUUUUUGUUCCUCAUCAUGUGGUGCCCAUUUUUCAUCACUAAUGUCAUGUCUGUCCUUUGCAAGGAAGCCUGUGAUAAAGCCCUCUUGAGUGAACUCCUUGAUGUGUUUGUUUGGGUGGGGUAUGUUUGCUCUGGGAUUAAUCCCCUCGUGUACACACUCUUCAACAAAACAUACCGCAGGGCUUUUUCCAAUUACAUCCGUUGCCAAUACAAGACCAGUAAAAAAUCAGCGCUGCGGCAGAAUCAGUGUCUGAAUGUUGCUUCAACAGCUUUAUAUGGGAAAGAUCUGACUUUAACUAGUUAUCGAAAUGGCAAUGAACUCAAUAGCAUGGAACUAGAUGAAGUUGAGGAGGGCCUUGAAAUGCAACCAGGGACUUCAGAGCUCUCCAUAAACAGCUGUAAUGUUGAGGCUCCGGCUCCCCUAAGGAAGGUGGGGAAUGCAGUUCUGGUGUGGUUUUGCGAUCCUGGCUGGGAUCACUUGCACACUUGGAGAAGAAGCAUGAGAAACAAAGCGAACGCCAGUUAUCUGCUUCAACCAUUUUAUAAAUGGAGGGCCUCAGAUUUAUAAAAAGCCCUCCUUUGGUCUUGUAGAUAAUCAUCAGCUCUGGGAUGGAGCAAGCUGUGCUCAGUGUGGAUGGCACUGCCUUCACAGAUUGCUUGGAUGAUCAGGGUCUUUGGUUGACCUGGAGAAGAGCUCUCUGGCUUUGUAAGGGCUCUUGUCUUCUCAGUCCUCACAUCUAUUUAUUCCUUAGCUUGUUUAGCAUUUGCUUUUGUUUUUCAACAUCCUGGGACUUGCAGUGCUGGUGAUAAAACACUGCUUUGGGUGUAGAGCAGAAGCUGCUCUGUGUGUGAUGCUGGUCGGGUCAGGCUGUGAGGUACAGGGUACACCUCCCUGGAGUAUGCUGGGAGAGAGGCAUAAACGAGGAUCCCUGCUCAUUUCCCCUGCCUCAGGAGGAGGUGGGCAGAGCUGGACAGAGCAUGUGACUGGAAUCAUUUGCUGGUGAUGUGGUUUAAAAGCAAACGAUUACCAGGGACAGGAAGGAAGCAGACCUCAAGCUAGUCUACAUGGAAGAUUAAUCUGGAUUAACUUUUUAAUUUUAUUUAUUCCAUUUCACUCCCAAAGUCAAUUAUAGUAUAUCAUAUUAACACCGCUUACAUCUUAAUGAAAGCACCCACAUUGAGAUUUAAUACAGUUUAAGUAAUCUGCUUUUAAUUCACAGCAUGUAUAAUUUGAAUUAAUUUUCCUCUGUGUUCCUGUGUAGACAAACCCUCCAGGGCAUCGUGUCUUUCUGGCAGUGUGCCUCUGGGGUGAUGCCGCUCAUGCAAUUUUCCUUGUGUAGAGUGUUGCCUAAUGCCAGAUAUCACCCAUAAGGUUUUUACAUCUUCAUUUAACUAAUGCACAAAUGCUGCGGUGCCCAUCUAACAUGGAUGCAUUUAGCAUCACUGACAGCCUCUGGCUAUGAAAAUCCUUAGAACUGAAAAGCUUACACUAGGCAUGGAUAAAUUGCAUUUUACUAACAUGAACUGCUUAUACUCUAAGCUUGCUGUGUUCAUCCCAUCAAAAUUAACUUGUAGAAGAAAUGGAAAAUUCUGCUAGUGCUUUAGCAUAACAUUGUGCUGUUGCAUUGCCGUGUACAGCAACAACCUCGCUGAGGCCACUACCGAAACACAACAUACGGGUUGCAUCUGCUGCUGUGUUGCACCCGGCUUGAUGUGUUGAAGUUGAUGGUCCUCUCUUCUCCCUCGUCCCCUCCUGGGAAAAACCCAUAGUACUUCCAUGCAGGCAGGCGAGGUAUCCCGGUGUGGAGUGUAGCUUACUGCUUGCAGAAGGCAGCAGAGAUGCACCAUGUGCCAGCCUGCUGAUACCACCAUGGGCUUGAAUGCUCAGGAAUGCACUUGCCUCUCCAAAAAGGUCUGGUAACCAGUAGGAAAAGGACUGGCCAGAGACACAAACUUGUGCCUUCAGUGACUUCCCUUUGCUCUGAGUCAAAUUUGUUUAUCUCAAACAGUACAGAAAGAUCACAUUGCUUUUUAAGUUCUUUUUUUUCCUUGCGUGAAUUCAUAGCACAUCUUUUCCGAACACGUAUAUGUGUGUGUAUAUAUAUGUGUGAGUAUGUACAUAUAUAUACAUAUAUACAUAUUUAAAAGCCAACCACAGACUUUGAAAGCAUUUAGCAAUAAGUUGAAUUACAGUAGCUUCUAGCAUAUGUGUGAAUAGCUCAUUUUCCACAGCAUCCUCAAACUCCAUGUAAGUCCACACACAGGCAUUCUCUUCAUAUAGGAGCCUUCAUGUCUUAUCUUUGCUGGUUCUGUUGUAUGGGCAAAAAGAGAACCUACUAUAUUUGGAUGUAAAUAAUGGGAAUUGAACAGAGAAUUUACAGAAUUUUUAUAAAUGUUUUUAAAAAAUCCAGCACCAGAACUGUAAAUAUGUCAACUGUGGCUACUCAGCUGGACCCAUUCUGAUGUAUGUCACUUGUUUGGAUAAACAAGGGGACUGCCUUACAGCGCCUGCGUUCUCUCCCGGCCAGCGGGUGAUCACAUUUUUGUGAAUGGUUAAAUACUGUCACUUACCCAACUUCCUUUGGGUCAUUCACAUCAGGGUUUUGUGAUGCUGCUAUUUAUUUAUUAAAGAGAGUUUGUUGGUUUAAUCACUCUUAAUUUUUUUUCAUGGUCUAUCAGAAAAUAAAUAAAUGAACGUGCCCUCUCUUUCUUUCAUCUGUCCCCAAUUAAAACCUUUCCUGAGUGAAAAACAUGUCCUGACCAAAAGAUAAAACAACAACAAAAAAUGAGGAUAAGGAUGAGGAUAACUUUUCGUUUCUCCUCCCACACUUCAAGUAUGACCUGCAGUUGCUUCAUCACAGAAAUUAGUGUCAGCAGAUACCCCAACACUUCCAACCCCAAAACUUGUUAAAUACGAAGACAGUGAUAAACUAUUCCCCCUCUUCUCCUUGCUCCCUCCAGGAAUAACUGUUAAAAAUGACUUUUUAAAAAUUACCUCAAUUUGAAGAAUGGUUUUAGUUCUCUGCAACUUAACCAAAGUCAGGUUGUCCCCACAGCAGCUUUGUUUCUCCUGAGCUGUAGCCAUCAACCACGGCGGUGCCUCAAGAAGCCCUGCCCUGGGGCUGUCUGAUGGGAGUACCCGCUGGACGUUUUGUGUAAGUCCUCAAACCUCGGCUCAGAUGGGAGAUGUGCAGGCAGGCUGCCUGCGAGACGAGCAUGCAUGUAGAGGCUCUGACUCAGCAGACAGACCACCCUGUUUGACUUGCAUCAGGGAGUCGACUUGUGGGGUCAGCCCCUGAACUAGCGCCUUCCUGAGCUGUAGGGGCUUGCAGCCUUCCCCACCAGAGGCCAGAAGCAAGGCUGGCCGCAUUUGAUCAGGCACAAAGCCUUGUGGCUGAGGAACCUGGCUUCCAGACCUGAGCUGGCUCAUCUACAUCUGUGACAUAUUGCCCCACGCAGCCAAGUCUGGGGUGCGGCAUCCACGAAGUCAGCCACGGUGGCUUGGGGAUCUCUGAGGGCCUCAAAGGCUGUCCUUUGAGGACAAGGGCCUGCUCCUUCAGUCCUGUGCUCGCUGAAGAUAAGAGCAGGUACCCAGAGUCUGUGGCAUUUGGGAGGCAAUACAGUUCAUAGCCAAUGCUGAGGAGCCUCAAGACAUCCCACCUCACCAUGGCUCUCCUUGUUUUAAUGACUUGUGAGUCAGCAGUAGUUUUUAUCUGAGUGAUAAUUUAAAGAUGCUAAUGUUAGGUGAUGUGUGAGUAGUCAGUGUGAACAGUGUGGUUAGUGCCUUUUUCUCUGUAGACACUCACGUCAACCAUUAGUGCCUUUCUUCUGAACCGCCCUACAAAGAGGUUCAUCACUGGCAUGGAGCACAGCCAGUGCUCUUCCCUUCCAAGUCAGCAGGCUGACUGCAGUCAUCUGAUGUGCUGGAGCCAUGAGGGCCCUGGAUAUGGAGAGCCAAAUUCCAAAGGAAAAACAUAUUUUAAGAAAAAAAGCAAACCACAAGCAGCUCUUCAGAAAUAGCUUUGAGCUAAUGAAGGGUGUCUGAUAUUCUUGCAGACAAAUUAUGCUAAUCUGGCAUUCCAAAAGCAGCGUCCAUCAUGUGAUAAAGAUGCAGAUGUCUCUUGGAUGGGUUUCCUCCCUGGGUCACGGUAUCAUUAGGAUAGCUAUAUGCCAAGCCAAGAACUGCAUGUGGCUUUGUCUCCAUUUCGGACUGGGGCAGAAAGGCAUCAGAAGCUUUUUCCUGGGAAAAAGCAUACAAAGACCACCAAGCCUUGGGCAGGUGCAGCAAAAGAACAGAGAUAGACAGAUGUACGCACACAUCUGCACACACGAACACACACAUCCCAGAGUCCCCAGAGAGCAACAGGAGAUGUCAUCAUGCUUCAGUCUUCCCUUGAAAAAAUGGGAAUAGCUGAACAGCUGGCGAGGAAACCUGUGAUGGGGAGUUCAAAUGCAGCUUCUCAGGUCUUCUGCUUGUUUGCUUUUACCCACACUGGAACUUGUGCUCUGAAGCUGUCAGAAGUUGACAAAAUACCUGUGAUGUGUCAUUCCCUCUCCGCUGUGCAGGGAUGCUGCGAUCCCAUAACAACAUGGAGGUGGAGAGUCUUCAG